GGAAUGUGUAAAUAUUUAUCCUGUUAAUUUAAAAAAACAUUUAAAAAAUGUACAAGUACAAAUGAAAUAAGAAGAAAUUCAUCGAAAGGGUUAUGUUUAUUUUAAUUUAACCUACACCUACUCUUUAGGUCCUAAUCUAUAAAAUGAAGGUAAAACGUUAUAAAAAAGUAAACAAACAUAUAAGGUUCUUUAUUAAUAAUUAUGGGUUUCGCCAACCCUUCCAAGUGUUGGUUGAUGGCACAUUCUGUUACUGUGCAUUAAAUAACAAAGUAAAUAUUGCUGACAAUAUUCCAAGAUAUCUUCAAGGAGAAGUUAAGUUACUUACUACUCAAUGUGCAAUUAUAGAAAUGGAAAACUUGGGUGCCAAGUUGAAUGGUGCACUAAUUAUUCUGAAGCAGUAUGGUGUACACAAGUGUGGUCAUGAAGGUAAUCCAAUUACAGGAUCCAAAUGCUUUUUAAAAAUGCUAGGAAAAUCUAAUGAAAAUCAUUAUAUUAUUGGAACACAAGAUAGGGAUUUGCAGGAGAAAGUCAGACACAUUCCAGGUGUUCCAUUAUUGUAUUUACAUCUUAAAACUCCAGUGCUUGAAAAGCCUUCUGAAGUAUCUACAAAAGAAGCUGAAAAUAAGUUAUCAACACUGACAGAUUUUGAAAAAAGGGCAUUAGAGGAAAUUAAAAAGCAAAAUGGAAGUGAUGAAAGACCCAAGAAAAAAAAGAAAAAGGGGCCAAAUCCACUCUCUUGUAAAAAGAAAACCAUAAAGUCACAUGUACAAACUCCAAUUUUAAAGAAAGAGGGUCAAUCUGAGAAAGAAAAGAAAAAACGGAAAAGAAUUAAAUUGGCCAAACAUGUAAAAGAAGUGUUAUUGGAAAGGAAAGACAAUUAAAGUUAUCUGUUCCUCUUUCAUAUGUUUUAUUUUGUACAUAGUGAAUUCCUUUCAUCUUUUUAUUCAUAUCCACAAAUCUGUGUUUAAGUGUUUAUUAACCCAUUCACUGCCAGUUAAAUUUGUAA